CGGUGAUCUUCAAGGGACGCCGCCGUAUGAGCUCGCUGCCACCGUCGUCGUCCAGUCUGUCCUCCCCACCCAAACUGCCGACGCUUUGCGAUUACGUGGCGCUCGCACAGCCCGAGGUGGCCAAGCCGUCGCCGUACGCAGCACGCUUCAAGCGCAAGCGCAAGAAAGCACCGGCGGUCUUGGCCCCACUGCUCAAGAAUGGCUCCUCGCACGCAUAUAUCGGCGUCGCGGAGAGUCGCGUUGUCAAGGCCAUUUUAACCCGCGCCGACCUCGUGCAGGAACUGCGCCUUCUCUGUCAAGAGAUGGCCUCCACGCGUGAGCUCGAGCUCGAGAGCGCCAAACGCGAGCUGGCGACACGCCUCGGUGACGCAACCAACGCGGUCGUCCUCGCGCUCAAUGAAUGGCGCGCGGCCAAGCUCGAAACGGCGGCGCACGCCAGUGUCCAAGUGACCCCGAGCUUUCGGUGGCAGGGCGCACCGUACCUUCAAACCCUUGCCCGCGAAACCAAAGACAUCCACGUGCUCCUCAACGUAUCGACACCGCCCAACCCGUUCUUCACACCGUGCGGGCUCGAAGCGGCGACCGAUCGCUACCAAGUCGCCGCCGAGAGUCUCUUGCGCGAUGCUGACUUUCUGACGGGCUGGCGGCCGCCUCGUUCGCAGCAUGCGGAAGAGCAUGUCAUGCCAACGACGAGUCUUCUCGACCACGCGCUUGGCGCACUGUCUCCAGCAGCGAUCGCCCAGAUCCAAACGACCGUGCACCCGCCCCGCGGCUUGCGAUGCGUGACGGACGCCAUCACGUCACUUGUAAGCAUGAGCUUCUACGAGACCCCACCGCGCGAACUUCUGCACCGACUGCGCGCAAUGCAUCAAACUACAUCGAGUGCGCUGACAGAGGUCGCGGCCGCCUUGCUUGGCGAGACGGCAUGGCUCCCCAGUGCCCUACUGCGAGAGAGCCUUAACAUGGCACAACUGAGCUUUUGGCUGCUCCAGCUGCUAUUGCAGCAUCGACGUUGUGCUAGCACCAAGCCGCUCGAGCGGCCGACGGCUCGCUGUUGUGAACCUUCAAUCCGACGAGCCGUGCGACUCGACGGACGUUUGUACAUGGCGCGCCUACACAAGUCGAGCGACUCGGCCAUCACGCUCUGCUCCCCCAACGGGCAGGUGUUCACGCACACGCUGCACGCAGCCGACGGGCGAUCGAUGGUGACGCAGCCUGCGCGACUCGACGCGUACUUGGCGCGACUGCAGCCGCUCGUGUUCACAGCGCCGCUCUGCGACGCGGCGCCAUCGCUGCAUCUUGUCGGUGUACACGGCACCGACACCAUCGUGGCGUCGAUCGAUCUCACGGUGACCAGCUCGUUUGCCGACGUCCGUCGGUACCUCUUCGACCUACCGAAAGUGCCACCGACCUACGCCUUUCUGUACCGCGGCAGUAUCCUUGGCCGCGCGCUCGAGUCGCGUCGGCGCCCGUGGUGUAGUACCGCGCCGCCGCGCCGCAUUGACAUUCAGUUGCAGACGCGCCAAGCGACGCGACGCCAUGUGUUCAUCUCGGAUAUGGACCGCGAUGCAGCGAAGCGCGAUGAAGCGCGGCGGCGACGGGCGCCCGUGGUAUCGCCCCCGCGCACCCACUGCACUUUUACACUCCACCUGGACAUCCCGUCAGCCGUGGUUACCGUCCAGAUGCGCACCACCUUCUCAACGACACUAGAAGAGAUACUGAACGCGCUGCAGUCCGAGCAUGGUAUCGACGCCGCGUCGAGCCAUGACGUGUUCGUCCUGUCGGCCCCGGAAACGAUACUGCCGCUCACCGCGCGACUGAGUGCGUGCAACCUUGGGCACGGCAGUGUCCUCGGCUUGCGCCACAAGCGCGUCGACGUCGUGCUUGCGUGCGCCGGGACGCUCACAUUGCUCUUAUCGCAAGACACGCUCGUUUGCAGCCAUCGUGCAAUGACGCAGGCUCGCUUUGGCCACUGGCAGCUCUCGCCUGGCGACACGCUGGCGCUGCGCGGUGACACGUACACCGUCACAAAAGUCAACACGGCGGCCAGCACCCUCACGGUCCAUCCCGCCGUGUCGAUUGACGACCGCUUCGAUCUUGUUGCGACCAAGCAUUUACGUCAAGUGCUGGUGGACCCUCGGUUCCCAUGGGAAGUCGACGGCCGCAUCGAUGCGUACCUCGCCUCGCACGUACCGACCACCGCGACCACGACACAAUUCCGUGUCGAGCUGUGCACGAGCACCUUGCUUGACGCGCUGGCGUCGCAGCGCCACCUCGUGCACGCGGCGGUGCAGACGCUACCGCUCGACGUCUGCGUCGGUGUCCUCUACGACGACCUCUGCAACGCCUUUCCCAUCACCCAUGGCGUCACCAACGUCAAAUUCUCGUCGUUCCUCAAGAGCUACCGGCUUCACGCCGUGCUCCUCCUCACGUCGGCGGCCAGUGUCCACGCUUACUUUUCGCUCCAUGUGCGACCGCGUCAAGCAUCGCUGCUGCUGCCCGAUUGGAAGGCGUGCUUGGUGGCGAUUGCACACAGUACGUACAAGCACCUCCCAAACGCGCAUCCACCGCCCAAGACGCCCAACGAAGCGAUCGCCUUCUCCUUUACGCAUGGAUCCUCGUGCACGGCCCACUGA